AUGGCUCCCAAGAAGACUGCCCCCGUUCAAAAGGAAGUUAUCUCCUAUGGUCCCCCCAACGUUGGUGCUAACGAAAACGUUUUCGGUGUUUGCCACAUCAUGGCUACCUGGAACGAUACUUUCAUCCACGUUACCGAUCUUUCCGGCAGAGAAACCCUCGUUAGAGUUACUGGUGGUAUGAAGGUCAAGGCUGACAGAGAAGAAUCCUCUCCUUACGCUGCUAUGCAAGCUGCUAUCGAUGUCGUUAACAGAUGCAAGGAAUUAAAGAUCAACGCUUUACACAUUAAGUUAAGAGCUAAGGGUGGUGUUGAAACCAAGCAACCUGGUCCCGGUGCCCAAUCUGCUUUAAGAGCUUUGGCCCGUUCUGGUAUGAAAAUUGGCAGAAUCGAAGAUGUUACCCCCAUCCCUACCGAUUCUACCAGAAGAGAAGGUGGUCGUAGAGGUAGAAGAUUGUGA